AUGCAGAUAAUCAAAGCACGAGCUCCCGUGCGGCCUCAGCCCAGCACCUUGACUUCCACCAUCAUCCGCUCCUCCUGCCCUCUGGGCAUCCCCAAGGCUUCUGCAGGAACCAAUGUUUGCAUUACCUCCAUCGGUGUUGGUGGCCGGCCUGGGGCAGAGAUUAAGGCUGCCUCCCAGUGCCUGUCAGCCAGCCUGGCUCAUGCCAACCGAGUGCGUGUGGGCUCAACACCUCCGGGCAUGCCCAGCCUCUGCCUGCCCCCCAGCUGCAAGGCUGCUUGCUCCUUGUCAGGGACCUGCCACAUCCCCACCAACCUUGGGAGCUGUGGGCUCUCCAGAGAAGGCGCCCUGAACGGCCAAGAGAAGGAGACCAUGCAGUUCCUGAACGACCGGCUGGCCAGCUACCUGGAGAAGGUGCUGCGGCUGGAGCGGGAGAACGCGGAGCUGGAGGCCAAGAGGAGAGUGGUGCCAGACUGCCAGUCCUACUUCCGGACCAUAGAGAGGCUGCAGUGGAAGAUCCUGUGCAGCAAGGUGGAGAAUGCCAGGCUGGCCAUCCACAUCAGCAAUGCUGAGCUGGCUGCGGAUGACUUCCGAAUCAGGGGAGAGCACGAGAGGGAGUUUUCCCUGCGGCAGCUGGUGCAGGCGGACGUGUGUACGGGGCUGCAUACGCUCCUGGAGGACGUGACCCUGGCCACGUCCAACCUGGAGGCCCCGCAGGAGUCCCUGAGGGAGAAGCAGCGCUACUUCAUGAGCAGCCACAAGCAGGAAGUCAACCUUCUGAGGGCCCAGCUGGGGGACACGCUCCGAAUUGAGCUGGACACGGAGCCCACGGUGGACCUGAGCAGGGUGCUGGGGGAGAUGAACCAGGAGUACCAGGUGCUGCUGGACGCGGCCCGGCUGGAGGGCGAGAUCAACACGUACCGGGGCCUGCUGGAGAGCGAGGAGGGCAAGCUCCCCUGUAAUCCCUGCUCCACACCUAAAUCCCACAGCCUUUGCCCCAGCUCUGGCCCCAUCGCCGGUGGAGCCAGCAUCGGGCACCGGUGCUGA